AUGACAGACAAACAGGAAGCGAAUCAAACUUCUGGAUCCGCCAGCGCUUCUUCAAGCACGCUCGAGCGUGUGGACACUAUUGCGACACGUACCAGCAAAGACGAGGAGGCCGCAGGAUCAACGAGCGAAGCCUUCUCGUCCAAAUUCACCCUUUCUCCCGAUUUCUUGCAUAAACUCGUCUCAUCAAAAGAUGUCUCGAGACUAUGGCAUGUAGGCGGGCCAUCAGGGCUGGAGGUCGCCCUGCGGACGAACUUUACCCAUGGCCUCGACAACGAUGAAGAUGUCCUACAGCAGCUCGGAAAUGGACGACCAGAGCCUGUGAAGCGAAAACAGUCCAUCAUUCCUCUUCACCUUGAAGGCGAAGAUAGCAAGGGAUUCAGCGACCGCCGACAUGCGUACUCUGACAACAGACUGCCUCCAAGGAAAUCGCGGAGCUACCUCGGGCUCGUGUGGGAUGCCUUCAACGACAAAUUGAUGUUCCUGUUGACGUUCUCGGCCGUCAUCUCACUCUCGCUAGGCAUCUACCAGUCUGUUGACCCUUCCGAGCCCGGGUCUAACGUCGAGUGGGUCGAAGGCGUUACUAUCGUGAUUGCCAUCAUCAUAAUCUUGACAGCUACAGCGACAAAUGACUGGCAGAAGAACAGAAAGUUUGAGAAGCUCAACAAGCGCAAAGCAGAGCGCUACGUCAAAGUCGUCCGCUUGGGUAAACUUGUUCAGAUCUCCAUAGACGAUAUCCUCGUCGGCGACCUUGUGAAACUCGAAACUGGAGACAUCAUACCAGCAGAUGGCAUAUUGCUGGACGGCUUUGAUGUUGAAUGCGACGAAUCUUCGACGACUGGAGAGAGCGAUCUUAUCGAGAAAACACCUUUCAGAGAACGCCACGGACGCGAUCAGCACUCCGAACCCACUAAGGCAUCCGAGAAAAUCGACCCCUUCAUCCUCAGUGGCAGCAAGGUCGCGAAUGGCGUCGGAACCUUCGUGGUCACCGCAGUCGGCGUCAACUCAUCGUAUGGGCGUAUCUUGAUGUCCCUGCGUGACGUGCCGCAGGAGACACCUCUUCAGCAGAAGCUUGGAUCACUGUCCAAGUACAUCUUGCUCUUCGGCUCACUUUUUGGAGUCGUCUUCUUCUUCAUCCUUCUGAUUCGAUUUCUGGUCCGCCUCCCGUCGAUUGAAGGCGGUCCGCGCGCGAAGGGCGAGAGCUUCUUGGAGCUGUUCAUGUUGUCAGUAACGAUGGUUGUUAUUGGAGUUCCAGAAGGACUUGCACUUGCGGUCACGCUUGCGCUCGCCUUCGCCACGACGCGAAUGCUCAAGGACAACAAUCUGGUCCGUCUACUUCGGUCCUGCGAGAUCAUGGGCAAUGCCACUACCAUAUGCUCGGACAAAACAGGCACGCUCACUCAGAACAAGAUGACCGUGGUCAGUUGUCUUAUGGGUCUUGAUGACAAGUAUGAGGACACGCAGAUGCUUGAUGGCUCUGACACAACCGAUAACGCAACUCGAGAGAAGCGCGCUCAGACCAUGGCAUCGGUUCUCAAUAUGUCGGAUCAAGUCCGACAGCUUCUCAGAACAUCCAUAGUCAUGAACACAACCGCCACAGAACGAGAUGACGCAGGAAAAUGUGAUCUACAAGGGUCAAGCACCGAGGUCGCCCUGGUCCAGUUCGCGUACGACCACCUUGGACUUGACCAGCUGACCUCGGCACGUAACAGUAUGCGAAUCAUCCACAUGUUCCCCUUCCAAUCCGCAUCAAAGGCCAUGGCCGCAGUGGUGGCAUUGCCUCACGGCACGUUCCGAAUGUUCGCUAAGGGCGCUGCUGAGAGCAUGAUCGACCGUUGCACGCGUGUCCUUGAUGGGGAUGUGAGGUCGCUGCAAGAGCAUGACAGCACUAAGUUGCAGUCACACAUCCAAAACUUAGCAGAAAGAUCCCUCCGAGUGCUUGCUAUUGCUUAUCGAGACUUCCCGUCAUGGCCUCCAAUCAGCACGACUUUCAGCUCCUCAGAUCAUCUGAAGCUUGACGAUGUCCUUCACGAUAUGACAUACGUCAGCAUUGCCGGUCUACGAGACCCUUUGCGACCCGAUGUAAUACAGUCUGUCCAACAGUGCCAGUCAGCCGGCGUGCAGGUCAGAAUGGUAACAGGAGACAACUUCAACACAGCGAAGGCAAUCGCCCGCGACUGUGGAAUAUACGCGUCUGGAGGUGUCGCAAUGGAUGGACCAACGUUUCGAAAGCUCACACCGUCCCAACUUGACUCCAUUGUGCCUAGACUUCAAGUACUGGCGAGAUCGUCUCCAGAAGACAAGCGAGUCCUGGUCAAUCGCUUGCGGGCCCAGCGAGAGAUCGUUGCAGUGACAGGAGAUGGCACGAAUGACGCGCUCGCUCUCAAGGCUGCGGAUGUCGGCUUCGCGAUGGGCAUAGCUGGCACUGAAGUCGCCAAGGAAGCAAGCAGCAUUAUUUUAAUGGAUGACAACUUCACUUCGAUCGUGAAAGCAAUCUCCUGGGGCCGGACCGUCAACGAUGCUGUGAAGAAGUUCUUGCAGUUCCAGCUUACGAUCAAUUUUUCGGCCGGGCUGUUGACUGCCAUCACUGCUCUAGUAGGCGAGGUCGAUGAGGCCGUCUUCACUGUUGUCCAGCUACUGUGGGUGAACAUUAUCAUGGAUACCUUCGCCGCCCUUUCCCUUGCCACAGACUAUCCGACUCGCGGCGUUCUUCAACGCAAACCUGAGCCACGCAACCAGCCCAUCAUCACAGUCUCUAUGUGGAAGAUGAUCGUCGUCCAGACCGUCUACCAGAUGAUCGUAAUCUUCGUCAUACAUUAUGCUGGCGACAAGUUAUGGGCGGCCAACACCGAACACCAGGCCUCUCAAAUCCAGACCACCGCCUUCAACACUUACAUCUUCAUGCAGCUGUUCAACCAAACCAACUGCCGGACGCCCGACUCGCGUCUCAACAUCUUCGAAGGCAUCAUGCGUAAUCCAUUCUUCUUCUUCGUCCAAGCCGUCACCGUGACCGGCCAAACCCUGAUCGUCAUAUUCGGCGGCAACGCCUUCCAGACAGCUCGACCCACCGGUUCUCAGUGGGCCACUUCCAUCGUACUCGGCGUCUUGACACUCCCGCUGGGCGUUGCCGUGCGCUGCAUCCCAAACAAGUACUUCCUGAAGCUCACCACACCGAUCAGGAAAUUGUUUCACAUGCGCAUGCGUCGCAAAGCCGCUAAAGAACGAAAGAAGGCUGCGCGCCCUCCGCAGCCGGGUCUUCUCAGUCGUGCAGUCUCGGUGAUCAAGCGCGAGACAAAGCCACCAGCUGGGCCAAUCAUCCCGACCAACAACGACGACAUUAUGCCGCCGCCCACGGCCGAGGAGCUCAAGUUGCACCGUACUGCUUCGAGGACGUCGCUGCAGCGACAGCAGGGUGAGGGAGAGGUCAGUCUCUCGGCUUUGAUUGCUUUUGCUCGCGAUCGUAAUGGACAAGAGCAGUCGAAGGAAUCGGAGAUGGCAAUGGGAUUGAGGAAAUACGUCUUCGAAGUGCAUCCUGAUACUGUGGUCGAUGAUCCGAUCGUGUUGGUGGAUAGCAAGGAGGAAGUGGAAGAGGGCCAGUAUGCGCCACCACCGAGUCAAAGGGCAGAUCAUCUGAUGUAUCUGGGAGUUGGUGACGGUAGUGGCGGUGCGGCGGAGGAGUGCAGGAAGGUGAGGAGAGGGAGUCGUGCUGUAUAA